AAGGCUUGUGUUGAGCGGCAGCCGCAGUAGUCCAAUGAAAACCCAGAAAGGGGACACUUCCGGCAGGGCAAUGCGCCUUGAGGCGGGGCUUCCGUCGUUUCUGUGGCGGUCAUUUUAGCGGUUCUGGGGUCUUCGGGCUCGGUCAGAGGAUCCGGAACACCGGUUGCGACCGAUAGGGAAGGCACAAAAGGAGGCUUUGUCUCCGCUGUAGGGAGGCGGGUCUGGGGUCGGGGACUUCGCCGCCUGCGAGGACCGCCUGGAGACCUCAGUGUCCGCGACUGCCGGGGCCACUCAGCUGUCAUCACUUUGCUCCGCCGAAAGGCUCCGAUGGCGGCGGCCGCUCCCAGGGACCCGGCUGAGGUUUCCAUGGUUGCAGAAAUGCUUUUGGAACCUACACAGGGAAAUGUGACUUUUGAAGAUGUGGCCCUCUAUUUCUCCUGGGAGGAAUGGGAUCUCCUAGACGAGGAUCAGAGAUGCUUGUACCAUGAUGUGAUGCUGGAGAACUUUGCACUCACAUCCUCACUAGAUGUGAUAUCUUCAGAUUCGCUGAUUACUUCUACCUACUCACAGCUGUUUUUGUAUCCCUCUAGUUGUUGGCUUGGAGUGAAGGAUGAGCAUGCACCUUCCGAAGAGAGCAUUCCUAUAGGAGUUUCAGAGAUUGGGACUCUGAAGGCAGAUUCACCUUCCCAGAAGGCCCAGCCCUUUGAACUGCAUGGCCCAAUCUUGAGAAGCAUUUUGUACUUGGCUGAGCACCAGGGAACAUAUCUUGGGGAAAAACCAUAUACAUGUAGGAAACAAUUCUGUUUAGAUGCCAACCUUCAGCAGUACCGGGGGCAGCACACUGGAGAGAUACCCUUCAGAAAUUCUGUGGACAGAGCCUCAUUUAUAAAGAACUGUACAGUCCACGUGUCAGGAAAGCCCUUUACCUGUGAGGAGACAGGGAAGGACUUCUUAGCUAGCAUGGGAUUUCUCCAACAAGAGGUCACUUACACUGGGGAGAAGCCGAACAAUGAGUGUAAGGCUGUCUUUCACAGUGAUAAAAGUCAUCACAACUGUGGAGAAUGCAAGAAAGCCUUCAGCUGCGCAGACACACUUGCUCAGGACCAGGGAGUUAUCACUAGAGAAGGACUCUAUGAGUGUGGCAAAUGUGGAAAAGCCUGUACCCGAAGAUGUAACCUUAUUCAGCACCAGAAAGUCCACACUGGAGAAAGACCUUAUGAGUGCAAUGAAUGUGGAAAAUUCUUCACCUAUUACUCCAGUUUCAUUAUACAUCGGAGAGUUCACACUGGAGAAAGGCCCUAUGAGUGCAAUGAAUGUGGGAAAUCCUUUAGCCAAAGCUACAGCCUCAAUAGCCAUAGGAAAGUUCACACUGGAGAGAAGCCUUAUGAGUGCAGGGAAUGUGGAAAAUCUUUCAGCCAAAGGUCCAACCUCAUUCAACAUCAGAGAGUUCACACUGGAGAAAGGCCUUAUGAGUGCAGUGAAUGUGGGAAGUCCUUUAGCCAAAACUUCAGUCUCAUUUACCACAGGAGAGUUCACACUGGAGAAAGGCCUCAUCAAUGCAGUGAAUGUGGGAAGUCCUUCAGCCGAAGCUCCAGCCUCAUUCACCACAGGAGACUUCACACUGGAGAAAGGCCUUAUGAGUGCAGUAAAUGUGGGAAAUCCUUUAAGCAAAGCUCCAGCUUCAGUUCACAUCGUAAAGUCCACACAGGAGAGAGGCCUUAUGAGUGUGGGGAAUGUGGAAAAUCCUUUAGCCAUAGCUCCAACCUCAAGAACCACUGGAGAGUUCACACUGGAGAAAGGCCUAUUGAGUGCAGUGAAUGUGGAAAGUCCUUUAGCUGCAAAUCUAACCUCGUUAAACACCUGAGAGUUCACACGGGCGAAAGGCCUUAUGAGUGUGGGGAAUGUGGAAAAUCCUUUAGCCAGAGCUCCAGCCUCAUUCAGCACCGGAGAGUUCACACUGAAAAGAGAUCUACUGAGUGCAGAAAAUGCGGGAAAUCCUUUAGCUCCAAAUCUGACCUCAUUCAACACCAGAGACUUCAUACUAGAGAAAGGCCUUAGAUAAUUACACUGGAGGAGAGAAGUUGUGAGGAAGCCAUCUACCUAAAUUUAAGUCCAUACAUCUGAAAAUUCACAGUGGAGAGAUCUCACUUUAGUAUGUGGGAAUCUAUACAGGAGCUGUGUCACACUUCUAACCUGUCCAGGGCUCUUGCCAGGUUUAUGUCACUGCCAGUUUCUGUGGAAGAGUUUUAUCACCUCUACCACUCAGCGUUUACAGUGUGCACUACUGCUUUAGUUACCACCACAGUGUGCUCAGGGAAGCUGACCUCUUUCCCUCCCUUUUGCUGGAGGAAAUCAUGAUUACUCUUAGCCCUUAUAGGGUCUUCAUUCUCUUCUCUUGUAGAAGUUAGAGCAUGGCCCAGAGGACCCAAGCUGAGUUCUGCUGGUAACUUGCCAAGAAGGACCACAUUUUCAAGGAUGUGUUUGUUCUGUGACACUCCUCUUGGAUUUUCCUGACCUCCCAAGUCCCCAGCCUGGGAUCUCCCUGCCUCCUAUUCCUUUAGAUUUUGCAGUAAUAAAGACUUUAUUGUUUAAGCCA